AAAAUAGAGCCGACAGCAGAGCCGUAUAGGGGAGCAGUGGCCUGUACACGCGGAGCUACCGGGAGCCAGAAGCCGAAAGCAAGUGAGCUGAGCGACGAUGGUGGUGGUGGUGGCGACCUCGAGCCCCGGCGGGCCGGAGGCGCUGCAGGUGCGCGAGGUCGAGGGCCUCCCGGCGCCGGGGGAGGGCGAGGUGCUUAUCGGGGUGGCCGCCGCCGGCGUCAAUCGCGGCGACACGGUCCAGUGGCAGGGCCGGUACCCGCCACCGGCCGGCGCCUCGCCCUACCCGGGGCUCGAGUGCUCCGGCACCAUCGUCGCUCUCGGGGCCGCGCUGGGCCGUCGGUACCAGGUGUGCGCGCUGCUUACCGGCGGCGGGUAUGCGGAGAAGGUGGUGGUUCCGGCAGGGCAGCUGCUCCCGGUGACGGAGGGGGCGUCGCUGACUGACAGCCCGAGGUGGCCUCCACCGUCUGGUCCACCAUUUUCAUGCCAGUCACCUCUCCCUCGGUGAAUCCUUCCUUAUCCAUGGUGGAUCAAGUGGAAUCGGUACAUUCGCUACACAGAAUUCAAAGCACCUUGGAAAUGUACACAUGAGACAUUAUUCUUUGUAAGUGACAGUAGCGGCAAAAAAUUUGCUACUUCUAAAUUUGAAGGUUGCAAGUGUACACAUUCAAAUACACCGAUUGAUGUGUUAACGUUGCAGAGACAACAUCUCUACUGCUCUAGGAGGCACUUUUGAGUGUCUGCAUCAACCUUUAGGAAUUGCAACUGGGCUGCAGAAGAGCUAAAUAACAAACCAUGAACUCCACAUAUCUAUUGUGUAGAUAAGUAUAAUAAGCAGAGACAAUUUUUGACAUUUUACAUUCAUAUAUCAACACAAAUUGAUGUAUGCUAUCGCUGUUAUGUAGCCAUGGCCA